CUAAUUUGCUAAAAAAAUUAUAUUAUAUUAUAGUACAGAUUAUCUUGUGUAAUAUAGUAAAACUUAUUUUUCUGUGUAAAAUUUUUAAAGUCUGAAUUAGAUCCAGUAAAGUACCAAAAGUCACCUCCAUUUAGCACCUGAUAUCGCCUCAAUUUCAAAAAAGUAUUAUGAGCUUUAAUAAUAAAUAUUAAUUAUCACAUAAUCAAUAAAGCUUUCCGAACUCACAAUUAAAUUCUAAAAAUGCAAAUUUUAAAAGUUCUUAGAUUUUAUUCUAUCCUAACUAAAUCUAUAAUUGAAAAAUCGAAUAACUAACAUUCAAUACUUUUAAUUAGAAUACAACAAACAAUCGAAAGGAAAGGAGAGAUUUGAUAUUCAUAGAAAAUGAGAUUUAAUAGGCUAAAGAAUAGAUAACUAUUUACCUAAUUUAUAUAAUUCUUUCGAAGUUAGCCUUCUAAAUUUUCCUCCCGCGAUACACUAUCGUUACAAUUAUGUACCGCCGUAGCAUAUAAAUGAAACCACAAUUCGUCUCGCCUCACAUAAGUUUACAACAACUGCAGCAAAAAAUAUAUUUUAAAAUAUUAAGAAUCACUUGUGAAGACAAUGAAGGCAAUUUCUUUUCUUAUCACCAUAGCUACACUUUCAUUCUUCCUGUCUGAUGCCACAGCGACUGGUGGGUGGCGGCCAAUAAAAAAUGUGAACGAUGAGCAUGUCCUGGAGAUUGCUGAGUUUGCAGUGAAAACUUAUAGUUGGCAAAUUGGUCGUUCGCUGGAACUCAUAACGGUGAGGAGAGGCAUAGUGCAAGUAGUGGCCGGCGGCAAGAGCUACGAGCUCGUAUUGACGGCGUCGCCACCUCAUUUGGACCUGGCACCAGUGCAAUACAAAGCAGUUGUUUACGAGAACGUUUUCCAUGUAAAGAAACUAGUAUAUUUCAGGCCUUCUUAUUUUACAUCAUCAGAAGCGACCACAAAAAAUUAGUUGAUUUAUAACAGAAUAAAAUAAUAAUCGUGAUCCAUAAGCUUGUGGGAAUUGUAGAUUGUCAUUCGAGAAACUUGAAUAAGGAAUUUUUAGCAGCAUAAUAUCUCAUAUUGUCAUAUUUUGUUUUGCCAAAAUCACUAGCCUUGAGCACCAUUUGGAAGAAGACGACAUGGAUAAUUCAACUUGAUGAAAUGCUGCAUUUUGCCAAAACACCAACUAAAGCACUGCCUUUUUACUAUUUGCAACAAUCGGUUUCUAUUCCCACCAAGAUUGUUCUUAGGGGUGGCAGUUCGGUUAUUUCGGUUAUAACCGGUAACCGAUCGGCCGGUUAUUGGUUAACAGAAAUAACCACUUUCUCUACCGAAAACCGACCGAAAUAGGCUUCGGUUUCUCGUUAUCGAUUAACCGAACCACUUUUAAAACCCAAAACCAUUUUGUCCAACCUCCGAUAACUGACCGAAGUUCGAUUACUUCGGUUACCGGUUAGUCGAUAACCGACCGGUUAUCGGUUUAACCGGCCAGUUAAUCGAUAACUGAUAACCGAACGGCCACCCCUAAUUGUUCUUGUUUCCUUUCCAAGCAAACAAACAAGUGUUGUUGCCGGCCGGAAGUAGUUUUCUUGUCUGUUUCUGUAAUCAGUUGUAUAUAAGAACAUAAUGGAUCAAUGUGAAAGGCUCAAGCAUUAGGGUUUCACUUCUCAUAAAGUUUGGUACGGUAUUAGAGCCUCGUUCACUAACCUAGGUCUGUAAGCCCAAUUCCCGCAGGUAACUAGGGAAUAAUUGUGGCCCAAGUGUAAUUAUCACUUAAUGAUUUAAUAUAAGGUAAAUCCUAUAUUGAUUAGGUUAAUGAAAGGUAAAUUCCUAAUAUGCCCUGAUGGUGGGUCUAUAUAAAGAAGUCCUAGGAUUGGUCCUCUCUCAACCCAUUACGUAGAAUUUCUUAGCCAUCACAGAAAUCUCUAAACCUAAAACCUAAAGGGGUCAAGAGGGAGAAACUCAAUUCCGGUGAUUACUACUCCAGCGCCGCCGCCGCUCUCGUCAUGGAUCGAGGUAGGUUUUCCCGAUCUAUUAUCGAUUCGUGAAAUCAUCUAAUUCUAAGAUCCAUGCUAUUAUGAUCUUGGUUUACAUGUGGUAUCAGAGCCUUAGGUUUACAUGAAUAGAUGAUUUUCGCUUACGUAUUUUAUUUCCGCUGCAUCUGUGCGCCAAGCUCUGUCGUAUGAGAGCCAUUUAAUUCGGCUGUAGAGUUUCCAUUAUUAUCGCCAUUCUUGCUUUGUCGUUUAUGUGGGUGCAAUUGCUUCCGUGAGCUUCUCAAAACACAUAAUUGCUUCUGUGGGUGCAAUUGCUUCUGUGAGUGCAAUUGAUCAGUAGGUAAUUUAUAUAUAUGAAGCCAAUAGAUAGCAACGAGGGGCAAAGAAUGAAUAUAUAUAUCUAAGUUUCAAUGACUUUAAUCUGUUGACCAUUAUAGCUUGCGAUUCUAAGUUUUCUUUUAGUCUGUUGAGUGAUUGCUUUGGCAUUAGGCUUAUUUAUGUUAAAUUAUUAUCAUGAAUAUAUCAAGUCCUUAAUU